ACCCACAAUCCCCGCCGUGCACUGUUCUCCCGCCGCCGCCGUCCGUUAGGGCGAGCGCCCCGCCUGCGGAGUCGGCGCUGGCGCCAGGCUCCCGCCGCCGGUGACAUGCUGCAGAAACCGAGGAGCCGGGGCCGCCCCAGCGCCCAGGCCGAGAGGGUGAGGGACGGGGGCCGCGGCGGAGACGGCCGGGCCCCGAGAGGCGGCGUCGCCGAGGAGGCCCCGAGCACCUCCCGCGGGGCGGGCGGCUCGCAGGAAGCCCGCAGCACCUCGUCGCAGGGCGCCCGCGGGGCCGAGGCCUCCCCCGCGGUGGGGCCCCGCUCGCAGAAGCAGCUGGAGUUGAAGGUGGCCGAGCUGGUGCAGUUCCUGCUGAUUAAGGACCAGAAGAAGAUCCCGAUCAAGCGGACGGACAUCCUGAAGCACGUCGUCGGGGACUACAAGGACAUCUUCGCGGACCUCCUGAAACUGGCCGCGCAGCGCCUCGAGUACGUCUUCGGGUACAAGCUGGUGGAGCUGGAACCCAAGAGCAACUCCUACAUCCUCAUCAACACGCUGGAACCCGUGGAGGAGGAUGCCGAGGUGAGAGGCGACCAGGGCACGCCCACCACCGGCCUGCUGAUGAUUGUGCUGGGGCUCAUCUUCAUGAAGGGCAACACCAUCAAGGAGACCGAGGUCUGGGACUUCCUGCGUCGUCUAGGGGUGUACCCCACAAAGAAGCAUUUGAUUUUUGGGGACCCAAAGAAACUCAUUACUGAAGACUUUGUGCGGCAGCGUUACCUGGAGUACCGGCGGAUACCCCACACUGAUCCUGUGGACUAUGAGUUCCAGUGGGGCCCGCGAACCAACCUGGAGACCAGCAAGAUGAAAGUUCUUAAGUUUGUGGCCAAAGUCCAUAAUCAAGACCCCAGGGACUGGCCAGCGCAGUACUGUGAGGCUCUGGCAGAUGAGGAGGCCAGGGCCAGGCCUGGGACCUGUGGCCCAGCCCCCUCCUCUUGAAAUCUGAAAUAGAUUCACGGGGACUCCUGGGGGAAGGGUCAGAGGCACAGUGCGGAGCCCUGAGAGUUGGGGAGGGGGAGCAUAUUUCUCUAACGCUUAAAUGUGUGUAGCUUUACGAUGUGUUUGCAAACUUUUGUUCAUAUUGUAAAUUAUUUGGUUCCAAAUUUUCACUUAUAAAAAUAUUAGGGGAGGAUUCAUUUUGUUUUGAUUUGUUUGACUGACUGUAUUUUUUGGUAUAAAAAUUUUGCUAGCUUUAUAAAACUAAUUGGAAAACUUUGUACCAUGAUCUGGAACAGAUAUUUAAGAAAGAACACAUCAGUAAAUUGCUUUGGUGUCUAGAGAAUAAAAGCGAAGUGGCUAUUAUCUGGCCUCUUAACUACCAACUACCCCAGUUUGUAAAGAAAAAUAAAAGUCUUUAUAAAUUAAAAAUAAAGAUGUAAUUGCCUAUAUUCUUUUUUAUCUUAGCAUAGCUAUUUUAUAUUUAUGUACUUUAUACGUAUAUAUAAGCAUUAUGCCUUGUUCUAAGCAAUGUAUGGCAUUUUCUCUGAAUAACAAUUUUUUUACAUUCAUAAUUACUACUCAGCUCUGUGGCUGACUGUUUAUUUCCAUUUAGGUUUUUUUCUACUAUAGUUAUAAUAAAUACUAUAUCUUUGA